AUGAUUAAGAAAGUACGAGACAAAAUCUCCCUGAACAUUGGCCACGAUGACGAUGACGACGACACGAAAGCGCUGGUGUCUUCGCAAUCGUUUGAGUCGCCCCUCAAAAUGUUGGACUCGAUGUCGGUGGACACCGGCUCGGCGGAAAUGCUCUCCCUGUACCGGGGCUUGUUAUUCGCUUCGAUAUCAUCGCUGUUCUUCUCGUUGUGCUCGGUCAUCGUGAAAAAGCUCCAUUACAUUCAUCCGGCGCAAUUGGCAUGCUUGCGUUUCGUAGGAAUUUUCGUGUUCACAUUACCGUGUGUGAUCUACAGACAACAACCGCUUCUCGGUCCCCGCGAUGUUCGCUGGAUGUUGAUAAUGCGGGGCAUAGCGGGUUCAACUUCACUGUACCUGCGCUUCUACGCCCUCCGUUACUUACCCAUAGCUGACGCCUCAGUCAUCAUCUUCUCGGUACCUGUCUUCGUGGCCGUGAUGGCCAAAGUAUUCCUAAAGGAGCCUUGUUCGGUCUUCCAUUGGAUUUCUGUGAUGGCGACUCUUUUCGGCAUAGCCUUGAUAACGAAACUCCCGUUUCUGUUCGGGACCAGAGAUGAGAUCGAGCAGUUGUCGGACGCGAGCUCAUCGGAUCGUACAUUUGGUAUUCUUGCCGCGAUAUCGUCGACGGUAUUCUCCGCUAGCGUUUAUGUUCUGCUGCGUAAGCUCAAAGACACCGACCAUUUUGUCGUCAUGCUGAAUUUCGGUUGGGUCGCUGUGAUUGAGACGUUUUUUCUCACGUUGUCCCUCGGAUCGUUCACGAUGCCCCGCUCCAGCGACGAUCUCAUGAUGGUGUUUGCCUUGUGCUUGUUCAGCUUUCUGGGACAGGUGUGCCUCACUCGGGCUCUGCAGACAGAACAGGCCGGCCCGGUUUCUGUUGUGCGCGCGACGGCUGACAUCGCAUUCGUCUUCAUUUGGCAGAUUUCAUUUUUCGGUGAAAUUCCCGAUCGAUACAGCGUCUCAGGAGCGAUCCUGGUAUCGCUUUGUGUCAUACUCACGAGCGUUCGGAAAUGGGUCCUCUCAUUGCCAGAGCACUCCGCCGCCAAGCACCGUCUGCUCUUCCUUACCUUUUGA